AGAUUUAUUUCAUAAACUAAAUCUUUUGUUUCUGACAAAAGCAUAAACCAAUCUUAAAACCCGUUCAAUUUGGUUUCAAUUCGGGGUGGGUACGACCCGGUCCAUAGAUACUAUCCGCCCUGUUUCCUUUCCCCUCUGGUUUUUUCUCGGGAAAGAGCAGGAAAAUUUUUACAAGCUAUAGCUCGAAUUUUUCAGGUAAAACCACCAGAGAGAAACAGUGUCAAUUUUUUCAAUUUUAUUUAAUUUUCCAUUUUCUUUUUUAUUUUCGUUACUCAAUUUUCCAAUCCCGCGCAAUCCGCAAGCAAUUCUCUUCUCGUUCUUCAUCUAGGGCUCAUACUCAACUUUCUCCCAAUUUCCAAUUCCGUGUUUCUCUAGAAUCAUCGGUUUCGAUAAAUUCGCCUCCGAUGAAUGAAGAGAAGAAGUCUUCGUCGUUCGUCAAGAAAGGCGACCGACAACUGUUCACGGUGGAGCUCCGGCCAGGAGAGACAACCAUAGUAUCAUGGAAGAAGUUGUUGAAAGACGCUAAUAAACCUAACGGAUCCGCUUCCACUUCUCAACUAUCCCGGCCGGAGGCUUUUCCGGGAGGAGAACCUGUUGAGGUUGAGGAAAAUGAUGCAGCUCAGCCUCACCGUUUCAGUGCUGUAAUAGAGAAGAUUGAACGUCUUUACAUGGGUAAGGAUAGCAGUGAUGAUGAAGAUCUGCCUGAUGUUCCUGAUGAUGAUCAGUAUGAUACUGAAGAUUCUUUUAUCGAUGACGCUGAGCUGGAUGAAUAUUUUCAGGUUGAUAAUUCCAAAGUCAAACAUGAUGGGUUCUUUGUAAAUAGGGGGAAAUUGGAACGCACUGAUGAGCCUCCUGUAUUACCCAACCAGCAACCAAAGAAAAGGCGCAAAAAAGAUAUAGUGAAGAAUCGAGGCGAAAGUAAUAAUGACCAUGGAUCAAAUAAGCAUGUAAAAGUGGGAAAGGCAGCAUAUGGGAAAACAGCUUCCACACAGGCGAAGAAUGUGUGUAAUUCGUCACAGAAUUUUGUUGUACCCGAUGGACAUUAUGAAUCCUUGAAACCUCAGAAUCAAUUAGAUGUCUAUGGAAAUAGUUCCAAAAAGAAAAUUGCGGAUACUAAACCAAUAUCAAUCUCUUCUGUCUCUUUGAAAACAUCAAGUGAUGAUGUCCCUGUUGCCAUGUCAGAAGCAAAAGAUGCUGAUAAGAAGAUAGGAGCUUAUGUACAAUCCAAAGCCCAACCUGGAAGACCCUCGACAAGUAUUGAUGGCUUACAAAAUCCUAGUCGGUCAAAAGAAAAAAAUGGCAUGCGUCAACUGCCGGAUCUUAACGUGGCUGUGGGAAAGUUUUCCACUAAAGCAACUAAAUCUGAAUACAUGCACAAGAAAGACGGGUCUAGUGUUAGGCCAAAAUCUUCAAUGCUUGAGAAGGCUCUUGGCGAGUUAGAGAAAAUGGUUGCUGAGUCAAGGCCCCCUGCAGCGGAAAACCCAGAGGCUGAUAAUACAUCCCAGGCAGUCAAAAGGAGGUUGCCCAGAGAAGUAAAGCUAAAGCUUGCUAAAGUUGCUAGACUAGCGGCAAGCCAAGGGAAAGUAUCAAAGGAGUUAAUUAAUCGUCUUAUGAGUAUUCUUGGGCACUUGAUGCAACUCAGAACAUUAAAGAGAAACUUAAAAAUAAUGAUCAGUAUGGGUAUGUCGGCAAAGCAGGAGGAGGAUGAUAGGUUUCAACGGAUAAAAAAGGAAGUUGUUGAUAUGAUUAAGAUGCAGGCCCCGGCUUUGGAAUCCAAGAAAGCUGGAGCAUCAGGUGAUGUUCAAGAAUUUGGUCCUGAUGGAAAAGCAAUAACUAAAAGGAGUUUUAGUAUGGACGCCGCAUUGGAAGACAAGAUUUGUGAACUAUAUGACAUUUUUGUUGAUGGAUUGGAUGACAAUGCAGGUCCACAGAUCAGAAAGUUGUAUGUCGAGCUUGCAGGAUUAUGGCCAACUGGUUACAUGGACACCCAUGGGAUCAAACGUGGAAUUUGCAGGGCAAAAGAGAGGCGCAGAGCAUCACACACCAAAAAUAAGGAUCAGGAAAAAAUUAAGAGGAAGAAGUUGUUGGCAUCGAGGCAAGAGGAUAGUGUUCGACUUGAUGCUGGCUCAGCCUCAAUUACAUCACAGCAGAACCAACAAGAGAAAUUGGCUACAGAAUCUGGCAGUCUUGCUUUAACGUCAACGAACAAGCCUGUUUCUAAUACGAGCACAACUGUCCAGGUCCCCAGUCCUAUGAAUGGUUUUCAACAAGAAAAAGCAAAGGGAAGUUCAAGCAAUUCCCUGGAAGAUGUUCGUGUUGCAGAUGGCGUUUUAACAAAGAAGCUGAAGAGAAAACCAGAACUUGAGUUGGAAGGAGCAAAUAGUGGUCCUGAGAAGCUGACUUCUUUGCAGGGAGAAGAAAGGCCAAAGUCCCAAAAGCAGUCCUCUGGUCUUCCCACCAAAUCAAAUCUUCAGCCAACAUCCCUUCCAGGCCUUGAACAGUCAAGCUAAUUAACAUGAGUGGGAUGUCCACAGUAGAAUGUCUGUCAUUUUUUUUUCUUUCUUUUUUAAUAGAGUAAUAUACACAUGCCCUCGUUUUUGUUUAUUAAAUCGUUUCUUGUUUAUGUUUACUAUUCUGUAAUUAAAUAUCCUUCAAAUGUUGGUCAAGAUUUAGAGAGAUAUAAGUAGAUUUGUUAGUUGUUAUGAUAAUGGCAUUUGUAAACCGUGUUUUAAGCUGUUUCUAUUAGGUAGUGUAAUAAUUUAACUAAA